GCGUGUCGGUUUCGUCGUCAUGGCCGAGGCAACCCCGCCGCCUCCUCGGUUCGUGACGAACCCUCCAAAACUGGCCCAAGACUCACACUCGCUGCUUGGGAAAGCUCGCCAUGCAAUUGUCGCCCAAGUGCAAACCCAAUGUCCAGACCUAGUUGCGACAGUGCAAGCUUUCUUUGACACGACUUUAACCGACGCCAUUCAAGAGCGCGAAACCAAGUAUGUCAACACAAUGAGUGACGUGUUCAAGCAGGAAAUGAAAACGCGCAACGAGACUGUGGCCCGCCUCACGCAAAAGUGCGCGGCGCUCGAGACUCGCAUGAUAGACUCAGACACAGUGACCACGACAUUGCACUCCAAGUUGGACCGUCGAACGUACGAAAUGGACAAUUUGCGCAAAAUGCACUUUAAGGAACUGCUCAUGCUGCGGGAAAUGGUGGCCAAGCACCGCACCGAUGCCCGAACCGUCAAAGCCCUAGACGACGCUUUGGGGAGGUCCAACAACGACGGUGACGACGCUGAGGAUGGGGCCACUGGGCGUGGGGGCCGUAGCUCGUCGAUUACAACUACUUCUACGGACGGACGACUCGAAGCGAUGAAAAUGGACUUGGAGAAACGCAAAAAGUUUUCCGACGGCUUGCGCGACGAGCGAGACAAGUGGCAGCAAAAGGCCGUCGAAGCCAUGGAACAAGUGGAGGCCUUGAAAGACUUAGUACGGAAACGGGAAAACAGUCCGAGUGGCGGGAACGGAGGCCUCUCCCUCUUGUCCGAGUCGUACUUGACUGCUUGGUGGUAUGGCGGUGCCGAAAGCGGACUUCGCGAACGCCAAGCGAUUGAAUCGGCGGUAGCUGCGCGGCACAUUACGUUUGACGAGAUUGCCGGAUCGGUGGUGGAAGUACUGGCGAGUCCAGACUUGUGGAGCAGUCUGGGGGCGUUAAUGCAUCAAUGCCCCCAAGCCCCCGCGGUCCGGGGGCUCAUGACCCACUUGACUCAAAUCAGUGGAAUCAUGCUGGCCAAGAGCCCGUCCACAACGUUUAGCGUCCGGAGCGACGAUGUUAAUCGUCAAGAUGACAAAGCAAACACAGCAGGAGGGGGGAGCAUCUCUGGGAAACCCAACGCCGUCGCAUGUGCAAAAUGUCACGGGUCGGGUUAUGUCGAGCCCAACUCGACUGAAAAGGAUGAAGAAAGCGAACGCAUCAAAGCCAUGCAAAAGAGCGUCGAGAGUCUACGGAAGGAGCUCCGGGCCGCGCAAACGCGCGUGAUCGAGCUCGAAACGACCCGGGACGAGCUCGAAAAUGCAAAGCGAGCACUGCUUGUCAAAGUUGGCGAAUUCCAAACGACAUUGAGCAACGUCCAAACCCAAGCGGCGACAGACGCCAAGGCUCGGGAAGACGCCGCGCUCGCCCGAAUCAACGGCAUGCAGCACGCAGCGUGCCAGACAGAUGCCAACAAGGCCCCCAAAACGCCCCCGACAUCCCUUGGAGCAACCACUUCGUCCCCGCGACAUCAAUCCACGGUCGCACCUGCUACGAGCCCCACGGAUGCCGAAUUGGGGGUGCUCAACCGCAGUGGCCUCGAAGCCCUCGUCGCUGACAAAUGCGCUAUCAUUGGCGAACUGCACUUGACAAGGCAGACGCAGUCGGAACAGCUCGACGAGCUCAAGCGGCAGUUGCAGACCUCUGCUGAGAACCUCGUGGCGUUCCAUCGGGCGUCGGAAAAUGCCCAGCAGUUGCUACGACAAGAAAUCACGGUGCUUCGCGACACCAUCACCAACCUCCAAGACAGCUCGUCGGCGUCCAUUCGAGAGCGCCAAGCGUCUCUGACUGCCUACUUGACCAAGAUGAAAACGGACCACAUCAAGGCAAUGAUGUUGGCCACGUCAGCAGUCCCAGGGCCGGACAGCCGCCCAAAGUCGUCGACGGUGGACUCCCGGGAAACGGUGGCGACCAACAACCAGGAGAUGGAAGCAGACAUCACCAAGCUCAUUCCGUGGAGUGGCAGCGACGUGCAAACCGAGUCGCUGGCGCAUGCCACAGCGGAAGCCGCGGUUCGAGCAGAAGCUGAGCUGGAAAAUCUGCCCCUAGGGUUCGUUCAAGAAGACGAAGCGACCGAAGUCGAGGCCCUUCGACGGCUGAGCUUGACAACCGACGCGCUGCCCCACGAACUCAUGGACACAAUUCAGGCCAUGGCGGAGGAACUGGAGACGGCAAAGGCGUCGGCUCGGAAAUUGCACACCGUGCAACUCCAUCGUAUCGUCACGCUGAGCUCGCACUUGUCCAAAGUUUCCGCAGAAAUGCUUCUCCUGCGGAAAAAGUCGGGGGCUGAGAUUGCAUUUUGGAAAGCAGAAUGCGAAAAAUUGGAUCGUGAAUUGCAGUGUCUUGUCACUGAAUUCAACGUGUACAAGAGCAACCACAUGAUCGACGGGGAAAGAGCGACCAUGGAGUCGCUACUCACGGCCGACCAAGAAACUCUAUGGAGCCAAGACGGACCGGAAGCAAGAGCCUUUCUCGCCAUGAUGCGCGAAGCCUGCGGGACGUCCCCCGUGGAUCCAAUGGUCGCGAAGUUUCUCGUGUUGGGCGAGGCAGUGCACUCGUUGGUGGAAGGAUGCGCCCGUCCUUUCAACGCCCUGAAAGCCAUUUACGACAGUUGGCGAAGUGGGGGGGGUGGUACACCGCGGAAAGGGGGGGCGCGCAAGCGAACCAAGUCCAAAGCCGUCAAGCAUGGCAAGACGGUGUCCGACUUGGCAGGAUCGUCCCCGAGUCCCCCGAAGAGUCCAUCGAAGCGAAGCUCGGUCGCGGGCACCACGGACGGUUCGUCCUCCUCCCCCUCAAGGCAGUCUGGUGGGAGCCCUAGGAAGCGCUUAUCCGUUUCCACAAAGCCAUCACGCGUAUUGCUGACGCGGAUUCCGUCGGGCGAUGGGGGGUCGUACGCUCCAGACCAGGUGCCUUCUUCUCCCACGCAGCACCCCGAAAUGGAGGAAGGGCUGCUAUCCACCGACGACGAUCAAAUUCCAGCGUUGUUUGCACUCUCGGAGGUGAACGAAAGCACCAUCGAAGCAGUCUCCGCAUUGGGAGCAUUGGAAGUUGCAUCCCCCAAGGAAGCGAGCCCCCCGACGCCGUUGGAUCCUGCGUUGCUCGUGUUGGAUGGGGAUUCGCCGCUGUCGUCCGCCACCGCGAUGCGAGAACAUGAAGUGUUGCAGGUCACGACCCAAGACACCCCGCCAGCCUCGGCGAUGCCGCAAGCCACCGACGCCCCCGAUUCCCACGACGGUCCCACGACGAUGAACAACCAGCAGCUAAAUGACCACGACGACGGACGCUUGGACCUGUUGCAGGCGGACAACCCGAGGAAGCAAAACCACAAAGAGCUUCAGUACCUCAAGUCCCUUGCCGGGAACCGCUGCGACACGCUGCGUAGCCUCGCGCUAGCCCAGUGGGAGCUUCUCGUGCUGAAGAUGCAGCUCGUGACUUUGCACGCCCGCAACGUCGAGAUGAAGGAGCGACGGGUGCGGUUCCAUCGACCCCACGUUGGCAUGACCUCCAUGACAGAAAUACUCCACCAAGGUAUCCAUCGUCGCGAAUGUGCCCUCUCCGAGUGCCGCCAACGCCACGACCGCCUUCGCGAACGACUCAAACACGUCAACCUUUGCAUUAUGCACGCCAUCACGACACUGUUUCAUCCGAGUAACCGCUCAGGUAACACCCACGGCGGCGGUCGACAUGCGAUGGUGGGGCGGCAGCGGUUGGACUUGGUGGACAUGAGCCUCAUCGACAUGAACAACCUCCCACCGUCGCAGCAGAUCCCAACUGACCAUUUCCCCCUCGACGGUACUGUGGACACCACUGCACCACCUCAACCCAUGCACAAAGAGCCUUCCCUUCCGAUGGCCUUGUUAACGUCGCCAUUCAAGGCGGACAAGCGAUUUCCGAAUCGUGUGACCAAGUUCCGCUACGACAAGGACUCGCACGAGUACUCGUUCAUGCAUGUCACGAAAUUCGUGUACCCCAAGAGCGCUGGCCCGACCAAGUCGUCGCCGUUCCAGCUCAAGCCGUCUGUGCAAGUUUCUGGGAUCCGUGCACCGCAACACGACGGCGAUGGACGGAGCAUGCAGCUCCACCAACUCGAUGACUUUGACCAGCCGGCUCGAGCGAGAAUCACCGAUGACCACCACCACCGGUCAAUCAUCAACCCAUUCCGCCCCAAAUCUACGCCGUCCUACUUGACUCGCGGGUCGAAUCGGCAAUCACCGCGGCAGCUCACCUUUCUGGGUACUGAUGCCGAUGACCGUCCCCCCUUCCCUUCCUCUCCCAUGGUUAAACGAUAACAUUCGCUCUGCCACCUUCCCA